UUAGGUUACUCAGCAAGAUAGAUUGAUACUUACCUCGCCCCACCGUGAUGUUAUAUAAGGCCGAGCCCCUUGCCGGCCCACAGUUCGGGUGAAGUGCUCAAACAGUGCAGACAUGAAGGCAGUUACUUUUGCUAUUUUUGCGGUCCUGGUGGUGGCGGUAUCGUGCCGGCCAGACAAGCCGGAUCUAAAGCAGCUGAAGGCGGAGGCGGCGCGCAAGAAGGCGUGCACACACGACUGCACCUCCGUGGCGCUCGACCCUGUCUGCGCGGGCAAGCAGGGCGACAAGCCCAAGUCCUUCGGCAACGAGUGCGUCAUGAACAACUACAACUGCGAGCACAAAGACACGCUGCACAAGAUCAGCAAAGGUGAAUGCCCCGGCUCGCAAGGCAUCCGUCUGUCCUAAACGACGCGAAUACCGCCAGCUUUUACAUUCAUCUAUUAUAAGUAAUUUGUCAGCAAUGAUGUUUUUUUGCAUCACAAUGUUCUAUGAAUAACCUC